AUGGCAACAAUGGCAUCAGUUCGUAUCCAUCGUUUACCACCAUUGCCAACAAUCCGUGAUUUAAUUCGUUUAUAUAAGUUACGUGCUUUAAAGCAAUUCUCUCAAAAUUUCUUAAUGGAUGAGCGACUUACAGACAAGAUAGUGAAAGCAGCAGGUCGUAUAGAAAAUGGACAUGUCAUUGAAAUUGGUCCAGGACCAGGCUCUAUAACAAGAUCAAUUUUAAGACAAUAUCCAAAGCAUUUAGUUGUAGUUGAAAAAGAUCGUAGAUUUAUGCCUACAUUAGAGAUUCUAAAGGAAUCAACUCAAAAUGUCAUUCAAAUGGAUAUAGUACGUGAUGACAUCUUGAAUUAUAGAUGUGAACAUGCUUUUCCUGAUUGUCAUGCUACUGACUGGAAUGAUAAAAAUCUUCCUAAUGUUCAUUUAAUUGGAAACUUACCAUUUGCCAUUUCAACACGAUUACUCAUUAACUGGAUCAGAGAUAUGAGUUUAAGGCAAGGAGCUUGGACAUACGGAAGAAGUAGUUUAACAUUAACAUUUCAAUUGGAAGUUGCACAACGUAUUGUUGCUGGAAUGGCUGAUGAUCAAAGAUGUCGAUUGUCAUUAAUGUCACAGCUAUGGGCUAAGCCUGAAUUGAGAUUUAUUAUACCAGGAAAAGCCUUCGUUCCUAAACCAGACGUUGAUGUCGGUGUUAUUACAAUGGUUCCCCUAAAAACACCACAAACUGACCUUCCAUUUGAGCUUAUUGAGAAAAUUAUGCGAUAUAUAUUCUCAUUAAGGCAAAAGUAUGUCCGUCGAGGAAUCCAGAACUUAUUUCCACCAACAAUUCGUGAUGAAAUGACAGUCCAAUUAUUUAAAAAUGCAGAAGUAAAUCCAGAACUAAGAUCCUUUCAAUUAUCUAACGACGAAUGUGUAAGAAUCGCUAAAGCUUACCACGAAAUCAUCCAAAAAUAUCCGAAAAUUGAUCAAUAUAAUUAUCGCUCACCUUUCGCAGAGAGACUGCUUUGGGACAAUUGGGAUUUAGAAUCAGUGUAG